AAGCAGCCGCGGGCGGCAGCGAAAUUAAUAAUAAUAAUAAUAAAUAAAACCUGUUGAGCAGUCGGUCGCACCUAACAUAUGUCCAUAUAGACGCGCAGUAUAGAUCAACAUUUGCAUAGUACAUGACGCCGAGUCGAAGGCGGUGAAAAGUGCAAAGUUCCUGCGGUGAAUCACUGGAGAAUAGAUUCCAUAUUUACAUAUUUGCCCCUGCCAAUGAUGGCACCUUCUGUCCCAUCUGUCCCCGCCCCUCGUUCGAUUUAUCGAUUUUGUAUUUUGAAUACGAGCAUUGUUGCGCCAUUAUCAACACAUUUAUAUACGCGAUAAUUAUAUUAGAAGUUUAUCUCGAACCCUCUCGACUCUCGCUGGCGAUAAACUCCACUCCGCCCGAUUUGGAUCGGUUCAGUUCAGCCCGAUUUUCUUUCGGGGAUUACUCACCGCCAGUGGCUCCGGGUGGAAAGUGGAAAGGCCAAUGUGUUAAUCGACGAAAACGAAGCAUAAUCCGCCGUGAUCUCUGGGCAUGUGAUUCCGCUGACAAUAUUGGACCAAACCUUACAGGACCGCGGAGGAGGAGCAGCUGGCCAACAUGGAUGACGACAAGCUGGUCUCAGACGAGGUGCACAUGCGGCAGCUGAGCGCGACGCCCUCCUCGGCGUUCUCCCUGCAGCAGCGCCGGCAGAGCAACAGUGUAACCCAGUCCGCACCCCCGGAACUCACGCAGCGCGUCGGGGCAUCGGGCGACACGAAAGAGGAGGCGCCACUUGGAUGUGGAACUGGGAUAGUUGGAGGUCCUGGAGCUGGUGCAAAGGCGGAGGUGGAGGCGGGGGCCGAUGACCGGGUGGUGUUGCGGCGGGCGGCAGACAAGGGCGCCAUCGCCUUGGCACAAAUCGACGACCUAAAGCUGGAGGGGGAUGAUGACGAGGACGGGGAUGAUGAUGGGGAGAAUGGGGGCCUGGGCCUAAGUAAUCCCGCAGCGCAGACCACCGAUGAUGAGCAGAUUACGGUCGCGGGGGCAGCAUCCACAUCUUCGGGAGCAGGAGCGGGAGCAGGAGCAGUGGCAACAGCUGGCUCAUCCUCCGAGCAGGAUGCAGCAGGAGCCGCUCCCACAAUGAUAGCCACUCCGGACAUGUCCAAAAUACCACGACUUCCCGGCGACGGCGCCCAAAUGGAGGACACUGGAGGCGGAGGCGACCUGCCGCCAUCGCUGCGUGCCUCCACCACAUCAAUUCUGUCCAAUUUGCGCAAGAAGCAGCAGGCCAUGAUGGCAUCCGGAGGAGGAGGCGGCGGUGGUCUGCGAGGCGGCAUCACCAAGCAGACGCCGCUGCGGGUGCAGUCCGUCCGAAUUGUGGAGGCAAAGCGAGCCUAUGGACCCAAGCGCCGGACAGAGAGCUGCAGCAUCUUUGGCAACAGCAAUUUCGAGCAAGACCUGGAGUCGGGCAACUCCCUGGCCAGCAUCGCUGGUCAGCCGCAGAGGCCUCUCAACAACGAGACUUAUUCAGCCUUCAAGAGCGGCAACGUGGUCAAGGGCAUCCUGUGUCCCUCCCUGACCAACUCCUUCAAGCAGAGUUCCCUGGAGCGCAGCUACCUGACCUACACGCACCGACAGCGCCAGAAGUCCUUGAUCAUCGUCAAUGUCGUGGACUUUGUGCUGAAGAUUGUCCUGGCUUUCGUCUGGAUAAUGCGACGCAAUAAGCGGGGACCUCUGGAUUCGGAGGAUACAACGAGCAUGGCGACGGCCAUCACGUGGUCCGUUUGCUGCGGGAUUGCAAACAUGGCCAUCUGCUUCCUGGGCUACUGGCGGUGCUUCGCCAACAACUAUUUGCACUGGGCCGCGGUCUGCACAUGGGUGCUGUUCAACAUCCAGGGAUUCGUUGGCAAGGGCGUUGGCUUCGCCGAUCGCGAGUACCUGGUGUGGUACAUCCUGUUCGUCAUCUUCGUUCCGUAUGCAAUGCUGCCCUUGCCCCUCAAAUGGUGCGUCGUGGGCGGGACCAUCACGGCCAGCUGUCACCUGGCCGUAAUUACCAUCAUCAAGCUGCAGCACGGAGAGGCCACCGUGAAUGCCGACUGUGUGCUGUUCCAGAUCUUUGCCAACUUCAUUCUCUACACGGCCAUCAACGUGGCCGGUAUGUACACGAAGUAUCUCACGGAUCGCGGACAGAGAUUGGCCUUCAUCGAAACCCACAAGGCCAUGGAGCACAAGAAGGAGUCGGAGAAGGAGCUGCAGCGCACGCAGAAGCUGCUAGAUUCAAUCCUUCCGAACAUCGUGAACAAUCAAAUACGCAGCGAAAUGUACAAGGGCACGGAUCCCACGGUGGAGACGCAGUUCAACAAAUUGUACGUUUAUCCCAUGGAUAACGUGAGCAUCCUGUUCGCCGACAUCAAGGGUUUCACCGAGUUGGCCAGCAAGACUUCGGCCCAGCAGCUGGUGAAAAUCCUGAACGACCUGUUCGCCCGCUUCGAUCGCAUUGCGGAGGACAACCACUGUCUGCGCGUGAAGCUGCUGGGCGACUGCUACUAUUGCGUGUCGCAGUUCGAGAGCGACAACUGGAAGACCCGGCCGGAUCAUGCCGUCUGCAGCGUGGAAACUGGCCUCCACAUGAUAAAGGCCAUUAAGGAUGUGCGCCUGCACACGCACGUGGACCUCAACAUGCGCAUCGGCAUCCACAGCGGAUCGGUAAUGUGCGGUGUCCUGGGCAACAAGAAGUGGCAUUUCGAUGUUUGGUCCAACGAUGUUAUCAUUGCAAAUCACAUGGAAUCCGGCGGCAUUCCCGGGAGAGUCCACAUUUCGGAGGCGACGCUCAAGUGCCUCAAUGACGCUUACGAGGUGGAGCCGGGAAAUGGCGGCAGUCGAGACAAUCACCUCAAAAUGCUAAACGUCAAGACCUUUCUCAUCAAGCGUACAGAGCCAUUGAGGCCCAAGCGUCGCUUUGGCACGCGCAGCAGCGCCCACCUGGCCGGUAGUGUGGCCACCGCACCCGUCUCCUCCGCGGCCACACCAACCGCCGCCCUGCCCAAGUCAAUAUCCGCCAGUGGCAGCGGCAGCAUAGGCGGCGUCACCACAACGGGCGGCGAUGGAGCCAGCAUAGACGGACGCAGCUUGGAGUAUGCGGCCACCAUUGCUGUGCCCGCCCAGCAGCCGGCGCAGCUCCUGCAGCAGCAGCAAAAGAAGAACAUAUCGCUCAACUCGCUGCCCAAUGUCGUCGAGGGCGUGGCCAUGGACAGUCGCCGCCUGAGGAACGGUUGCGGCGGGAUCGGAGGAGCCGGUGCCGCCGGUGGCACUGGAACAGGCCCGGCUGGACUGUCCACAGUGUCCUCACCUACGGCCAUGAUGUCGGCCCCGCUGGAGCAACAGCUGCGACCCAGAAACGGAGCUUCCAGCAUCCAAAACCUGUCGGAGGCCAUCGACAGCAAGGGCCUGAUCAUUGAGGACGAGUCCACCACGGACUGGAUACCAGAGAUUCCAUUCAAGAAUUUGAACAGCCCCGAGGAAGGACUCAACCGUGCCGACUCCAUUCUCGUGGAUACCAAGGAGGAUCAUCGGGUGUCAGUGGCCGUUCUGGAUGAGGAGGUAAACAUCGACGAGUUCAUCGAGCAGAACAUCCAAAUCAACUCGAACAAGGAAAUCCGGCGCGAGUACCUCAAUCCCUGGACGCUGAAGUUCAAGGACAAGAGCCAGGAGCAGAAGUUCUGCCAGUUGCGCGAGGAUAUGUUCCGAUCCAACAUGCUGUGUGUGUUUGUCAUUUGGAUAUUUAUGGUGCUGUGCCAGGUCAUCAUCAUUCCGCGCUGCACGCGUCUCAUUAUUUGCCUCUCGGUGGGUACAGUGGUCCUCACCUUCUGCUGCGUCCUGGUCAUGGCCGAGGAGUUCCCUGGUCUACCCCGCUGCUUGAAGACAAACUCGGCCAAGUUGGUGCAUCAACGGCAGCGUCGCACCCUCUUCAUCUGCGGGGUCAUCGUGUCCAUGUGCAUGCUGAGCGCCAUCGGCCUGGUCCUGUGUCCCUCCUCCACCUACAUUGGCACCGUCGACGAGCACUCGCGCUUCCUCCGGAUGACGUCGCUGUACAGCAACGCCUCCCUGGCGGAGAAGGAGUACAAGCUGAAUGUGUAUCUCUCGGCCACCAUCCAUCAUAAUAUCACAAUUAGCACUCCGACCAGCGGAGGGGUGAUGGGUAAUGGCGGCCCUACCUCCCUGGUGGACAUAACCGGUGCUCCUGCCGAUGAGCUGGUAAGGAGCACUCUGGCUAAUGCCCUAAGCCUGAACCUGACGCCGCCUUUGGAGCACUUCGAACAGUCCCAUCGUCCCUACACACUCACCAAUAACGGCCACAGCGUGUCCUUGAGCAACUUCACCUACGCAGACUCGUCCGGAAUGCGAAACACCGUGGAUCUCGAGGGGGAGUGCGCCCACCCGGAGUACCUGGUGUUCACCUGGGUGCUAUGCCUGGUCUCUCUGGCCACUGCUUUAAAGCUUUACUACCUGGUGAAGGCCCUGAUGGCACUGGGAAUGGUGGGCUUCUACACGACACUGAUCAUGUUCAAGUUCAGCUCCGGCGAAAGCUUCAGUCUGGGCGAUCUGUCCAGACUGGGCAUGCCUUUGGGAGUUCAAAUGCUAAUACUGCUCAUAUCGUUCCUGGUCAUGGUCUGCUACCAUGCGAGACUGGUUGAGGUGACCUCCCGUCUGGACUUCAUAUGGAAGGAACAGGCCGAGCGUGAACUGACCAACAUGAAAUCCAAUCGGGCGCUUAAUGACACAUUAAUUAAGAACAUCCUGCCGGACCACGUGGCCGCCUAUUACCUGUCCGACGAGCACACGGACGAGCUCUACUCCAAGAUGCACAAUCUGUGCGGCGUGAUGUUCGCCUCCAUUCCCAACUUCCAGGACUUUUACUCGGAGGACAUCGACAACGGCAAGGCCUGCAUCCGUAUCCUGAACGAGAUUAUCUGCGACUUUGAUGAAUUGCUGGAGGAGCCGCGCUUCGCAUCGGUGGAGAAAAUCAAAACCGUGGGUGCCACCUACAUGGCAGCCGCCGGAUUAAACCACGAGCAUCUGCGGCUUCGCGGCGAGACCUCCGAGGACAGUGUCUGCGACCUGGUCGAGUUCGCCUUCGCCAUGAAGCAGAAGCUGGAGGAGAUCAACGGGGAUGCCUUCAACAACUUCCAGUUGCGCGUGGGCAUCUGCAGUGGUCCCUUGGUCAGCGGUGUGAUCGGCGCCAGGAAGCCCGUCUACGACAUCUGGGGCAACACUGUCAAUGUAGCCUCCAGAAUGGAUUCCACAGGGGAGAACUGGCGCGUCCAGGUGCCAGAAAAUACGGCUGAGUUGCUCUGUUCCCGGGGAUAUACUUGUGUGAAACGUGGCGAAAUCAAUGUGAAGGGAAAGGGCAUGAUGACCACCUUCUAUGUGCAUCCCAAGGGCAUUACGGAGAGCCAGCUGAUCUCGCCGGUCAGAUUGCCAGCGGGAAUCCCCUUGGCCCAAACUCCGAACCUCCAGCGGCAGACCUCCCAUCACGGAUCCUUCAGUGCCGUGGUUUUCGGGAUGCUGCAGGCCAGCAAGCGCAGCACGGCCAUCGCCGGCACCCCCACGGGUACUCCAUCUCCGCAAAUCCGUCGUGGCCACAGGGGGAGCACCUUCAGCUCGGUCCGGCUCUCGCAGAAAUCCACCACGGUAAAUCCUGUUCGGCGGAAUACAACCCGUGUACGUGGACGUUCAUAUCGUCAGAAAAAGAGUUCCUCCAACAAUUCGAUUGUCACCCAGGCCAGUUCCAGCUACAUGCCGUCGUUUCGCCGGAUCGAUCAGAUCGAGACGACCAUAUCGAAGAGCCACAACGAUGCGUUAUAGCCAACGACGCGCACUCACUGGGUCUAAGUCGAUCUCAAGCGGAUUAAUGGUCUGAUGAAUUUAUUUUUGGAACGAUUUUAUGCAACACGAAAUGCUUAACAGCAACAAUACAGCCAUGCCUGCAGUUUCUUAGCUGUUAUUGGGUUACCCCUAAGGUUAAUUAGUGGAGAUCGGCACUGAAGCUACUUAGUAGAGUUUUUAAAAACACAAUCCUUGAACUUGUAGAUCAAAUAAAUGUAUUUCUCGCGUUAUCUCAGCACAAUUCUAGUCGUCAAACUUAAGGUGUGUGUGUUUUAAAUGUGUUUAGAGUAAGAAAUUUCGAUCUUCCCACGCAAAAACCCAACCGAACGAAAUGCCGAUGAACCUACUAACGCUGUUCAAUUCUACCAAAACAUUUACAAAUUCUAGCGUAAUCCUCUAGCUUUAGUAGUCAAUUUACAAAUCCACUAAUCAAAUAUUCGUUGUACAAAUCUUUUUUCCUAUCACAAAAUGCAUAUGUGUAAAUAGUCUAAGCACAACUUAAAGUGUAAAAUAUUUUACAAGAAUUUAUGUCGGACGUGUGUUGCCUAAAUGCGAAAUAAAUGAUUUAAAAUUACUAUAAUUAGCCCUUAAGCCGGUUAUAGCCUAGCAAAUGUAUGCACAUGAAUUGUAAUUAAAGAGU